AUGCAUUGCGGAUGACAUACUGAUGACCUAGCUAGUAAAACAAGAAGCAAGUUAGCAGGCGUCACAACACUCAAUUCAAUUUAAUAUUUUGAAGGAGAUAAGCCAAAGACCGGAGCCAUGAGUAGUAUGCGAACAAUUUUAACUUCUACAGCACUUGUUGGUGCUCUCGGUAUUGGUUACGCAAUGUGGUCUGUUAUAUCGCCAUCGGAAGGAAGAAAAAAAGAGCUAUUGAAGCAUCUUCCCGAAGCAAACCGUGUGAAUAUGGAUGAGACUCGGAGACGGAACGCUCAGUUGAUGCAGGUGUUAAAAGAAGCGUCUGAGAACCCUGAUAACAUUGCACGUGGAUUCCCGCCUCCAAAGAAUUGAACUUGAAGAGGAAAGGACUUGAACUCAUUGAAAGCAGCUAAACACACACAGAUGCACACAAGGACUUGAACUCAUGGUCCAUAAAAAAGUGGAUCAUUUGUGAAGGACAAGAGGCAGGCAAAUUCUUCGUCGUCACCUCAUUAAACUAUUCCACAAAGCGUAAAUGUUAACAGCAUCUGUCAGGUUUUUAUGGUAAUUGCAUUAUUACAUGCUGUGCAGUAAGCCAUGCAAUAUCCUCAUUUUGCUAUUUCAAACGAGUAAGUGCAUUAAUGUUAUAAUAAAUGGUGGUGUACACCAGCUAUGACUGUGUGGGACAAGAUUGUUAAUAGUUUGUAAAUAAAGGUGCAUUUAAGAUG